CAUUUUCUGAAUUAGCAUCUUUGGGACUCCUAUGCUCUCACAUCCAGAACACACAUCCAGGGUACAACAAGGUACCUGCCUGCUUUACCUAGGGACAUCAUCUUUAGACCACUUUGGAUUAGGGGGAAACUCUGAAUUUCUACAAAGCAGACAAUCAGCUGGAAAUCACAAGCAGGAGUUUGAAUGAAGAACCCAUUUUUUUGGUCACCUGCUUGAUUACAUUUUUUGUUGCAGCUGUUGGAUGGGAGAGAUGUCAUUUUGGGGCUAGGUGUAUAAAUCUAAGUUUUCUGGGGGAGUUAGAUUUCAAGACAAAGGUGCAACCUGCCACAGAUAUGGAAAUUUAAGUGGGAUCUUUGAUGGAUAUCGAUUUUAAAACGAGAACACAGGAUGGGUAAAAGAGAAGUACAAAGCUUCAUCAGGUGGAUGUUGGUUCUUUCUCUCUGUGUUUUAACCCUAUGGGGACGUAUAGCAGCGGCAUCGACCCCCCACAGAAUCCAUUCAGUGCACGUAGAGCCAGGCACCUGCGAGGUGAUUGCUGCUCACAGAUGUUGCAAUAAAAACAAGAUUGAAGAACGGUCACAGACUGUAAAAUGCUCCUGUUUUCCAGGACAAGUUGCAGGAACUACAAGGGCAGCUCCAUCAUGUGUAGAUGCUUCCAUAGUUAUCCAGAAGUGGUGGUGUCAAAUGCAGCCAUGUUUAGAAGGAGAAGACUGCAAAGUUCUACCAGAUUUGUCUGGGUGGAGUUGUAGUAGUGGGAAUAAAGUCAAAACAACAAAGGUUACACGAUAGUUUCUGGAGAACAUGCAGUAUCCUGCCAAAGGGUACAAAUGCUGUCAUGGGCCAAAGUUAUUAAACAGCAUAUUGUACAUUUUCCUGCAAGGAAGCUCUUUCUCGGAAUGUGGAUGGAUAUUGCCAUGUGUUAAUUAAACUGACAUAAUAAGGAGCACUGUACUGAUGUAAAAAAAAAUCUGCGGCUCCCAAAGUGAACCAGGGAGAUUGAACACAGCGCACCAGUUUUUAUCGAUUCCGGAUAACAAAAGGAAUAUAUUAUGUUGGACUGACCAGGACCAACCUGUGUAUUAAAAAAAGGAACCUGUAGAAAAAUUGCAGUUUAUAAAGCAGUACCAAUGUAACCAGCUCCCAUUUUAACGUGACCCCUCAGGGUGGGGUUUUAAAUUAUGUUUGCCAAGAAAUCAUAUUGCAGGUUGGUAUUUUUUUUUUGUUUGUUUGUUUGGAUUUGUGAAAAAGCAAUUUAGUUCAACCCUCUCGCAUCAAUCCGAUGACUGGAAAAAAAAAUCUUUGACUGUUGAAUGAUGACUAAAGCGAGAGCAGGUUGCGGACAGCAAGGCACAGGAGCUGUGCACAUAAUGUUUUAUAUUGUCAUAUAGCACUGCAGGGUCUAUAGUGGUGUAUCUAGAAUUUAUCAAUCCCUGCCUUGUAGAGAUUACAAUAUCUUUUUAGUGCCUGUACUACAGAAGGGUCAAGUGAUUUUCCAAAAGGCCAAAAACAUUGUCCAAUGACACUGAGCAAGUACCAUUUCCUUAACACUUGCCUCACCAGGUGGGUGGGUAAACCCCAGCGUUACAAUACAUUUUGCAGACUGCUCUAACACGUAGAGAGUAAAACGUAGUAUAUCUGAGAAAUCAUUCUAAUGAGAAAAACAACUCCAGUUUAAAUAUUAUAAUUUCAUAUAAGACUUGGUAAACCUCUGUACUAAAUGGUAAAUAGCAAGAGUAAGUUGAAAGAUUCUGUAGUAACAGUAACAACAGUAACAGAAAUGUUACUUACUUAACCCCUUAAGGACAAUGGGCGGUAUCUAAACCCAUUGAAAACAAUGCAUUUUGAGCCCGUACAUGUACGGGCUUUGUCAUUAAGGGUUUAAGAUUCCAUUUCACGUCACCGGGCUUCCUAUUAUCAAGACUGCCAGCAGUUCUGAAUGCGUAAUGCUCAAAUUGGGAAUUGCGUAUCCUAAGAAGAAUUAGCUCACCCUGUGACAUCAUAUAUUCAUAUUCACAUAUUGUGGAUGGACUCCACCAUGAUGUCCAGUAAAAAUAUUGAUGUGACUUCAUGUUCUCUAAAGUAGACAUGAUAUUCCUAGAACACUUGGGAGCCUUUUCUGUAACACUCCUCCUGCAUUAUAAGAAUUACAUUAUUUGAGACAAAGGCAAAAGUUUUCUCACUAAUCAGUAACAAUGUCUGCCCAAACGACAUAGGAUGGAAUAUAAUUGGAUUCGAUAUAAAUGUGUAUAUAUGUGUGAUUGCAUACACAUGCCUGCAUUAACCCUUUGUUCACAA